GCGGCCCCAUCUUCACACUUGAACAAUAGAGAAGACGACCAGCGUGCCGGAAAGAACUGUCAACGACCUGAAUACGGAUGCGGAAGUGAGCGGGUUCCGGAGCUGGGACAUGGAGUCCGGGCAGCAGCCGGUGUGGCGCAGCCUGGGGCUGCUUGGCCGAAGCGCGGACGGUCGCGGGCUCGGUCCGGCCAACUGUGAGAAGAGACUGCUGUGGGCCGCUUCGUUGCUCUGCGUCUUGCUGGAUCUACAGUUGCCAGGUUUGCUAGCUGCCGGGCAAGCUGAGAUUGACAACCAUCUAGAAAUGGGUCGGAAGCUACUGGCUGCUGGGCAGCUGGCCGAAGCCCUCUCACACUACCAUUCGGCAGUGGAAAUUGAUCCCAAAAAUUACCUUACCUAUUACAAACGAGCCACCAUUUACCUGGCUAUGGGCAAGUUUAAAUCAGCAUUGCCGGAUCUCUCCAAAGCUAUUGAACUCAAGCCGGACUUCCUUGCGGCCCGGCUUCAGCGAGGCAACAUCCUUCUGAAACAAGGCUACACCCAGGAAGCAAAACAAGACUUUGAAGCCGUGCUCAAGAGCAAUCCGGAUGAUGCGGAAGCCAUGAACCAGCUUUCCAGAGUCACUGAGCAAGAAUUUUCCAUGCAAGAAGCUCAGAUUGCCUUUCAGAAAAAAAACUAUGUGGGAGCGGUCAGUUUUCUGGAUCGAGUCAUUGAGAUCUCUCCAUGGGAUCCAGAAUCCAAAGAGCUGCGCUCCGAGUGCUACCUCCACCUCGGGGACUACAACAAGGCCAUCAUGGACUUGAAGCCCACCACUAAGCUGCGGAAUGACAACAGGGCCGCCUUCCUGAAGCUCAGCAAGCUCUAUUACAACUUGGGAGAACACGAGGAGUCCUUAACCCAAGUGCGGGAGUGCUUGAAGCUGGACCAAGAUGACAAGGACUGCUUUUCCCACUACAAGCAAGUGAAGAAGCUCACCAAGCAGCUGGAAUCCGCUGAGGAGCACAUCAAAGCUCAGAGAUACGCAGAUGCCAUCGAGAAGUACAAAGCCACCAUGAAAACAGAACCCAGCGUAGAAAUCUACACCAUCAAAGCCAAAGGACGGAUCUGCCACUGUUUGUCCAAGAGCAAACGGACUGCCGAAGCAAUAGAUCUCUGCAGCGAAGCCCAUCAGCUUGAUCCCAGAAAUAUCUUCAUCCUGCGUGACCGAGCAGAGGCCUUCAUCCUUAACGAAGAAUUUGAGAAAGCCAUUGAAGAUUAUCAAGAAGCGAAAGAAUUUGAUGCUGAAAAUGAGGAAUUAAAAGACGGGCUCGAGAGAGCGCAGAAACUGCUGAAGCAGUCCAAGAAGAGGAACUAUUACAAAAUUCUCGGAAUUCAGAGGAACGCCAACAAGCAGGAGAUCAUCAAAGCAUACCGAAAGCUGGCUCAGCAGUGGCACCCCGACAAUUUCCAGUCAGAAGAUGAGAAAAAGGAAGCCGAGAAAAAAUUCAUUGAUAUUGCAGCCGCUAAAGAGGUCCUGACAGAUCCAGAAAUGCGACAGAAAUUCGACUCCGGCGAGGAUCCUUUAGAUCCAGAGAAUCAGCAAGGAGGAUCAGGACAUCAGCACCAAUGGGCAUCCGAAUUUAACCCCUUCGGCUCCGGGAACUUUCAUUUUAAGUUUCAUUUUAAUUAAUCUGCCUGAGCCCCCCACCCGCCUCCCAAAGACCAAUGCAACACCUUGGCCAGCGAGUUGAUGCACAAAGAGGACCAUAACAACUCCUACACAAAUGGAACCGGGGGGGGGGGGGGAGGGAGGUUAGUUUCCUUAAUUUAUAUAUUCAAGUAUCCCUUUUCAGAUGACUGGAAGUUUUGCUCCUCGAGAUAGUAAUCAGGACCACGAGGAAGAUGGCGAGCUCUCGCUUCUAAGCUGCAAUUCCCACGAAACAGUGACUGGGAAAAGGGGAUGGACGAUGCAUGCAGAGCCUUAAUCCCGUCAGUGAAUCCCGCCUUUCUUAGGGACAUGUUCAAAGUUAGGUUGAGCUCCAUCUAAGCAUCUCGAAAGUUUUUUUGCGCCUGCAAGACCCAAGGAAGCUCUGCCAUUCCUACAAUCCACUGUCUUUUGCCACGGAAACCGUUCAUUUUUAAAUC